AUGGUGUCUGUUAAAAGCUGGAAGGGUAAUGACAGGGAUAAGGGUAAUGGGGUGAAUGGAGAGGAGAUAGUGCAGGUUAGGUGUGAGGAGCUGAUCCAGAAUGGAGGGACAGAGAGUGGCUUUGAAGAUGGGAUUAUGAUUGCUGUUAGUUGUUGGAAGCAAAAUGGCAGAUUGGGGAUGGGGGGAAGAGCUUUUAGAGAAGACAAUGACCUACAACUAUGGGAUGCAUCUAGGGACUUUCAUGGAAGUUCAGUGGAGGCCUAUAUUGUAGCAACUAUGUGGGUGCUCGAGGAGGCAAAGAAGAAGGACUGGAAGAACAUCAUUUGCUAUGUUGACUGUAAGGAGAUGGUGGAGUGCACACAAGAUUUCAUAACAAAUCAGAGAAGGAGGGAGGAGCAGGCAUAUGCAUUCAACCUUUUGGUGACUAGUUUUAACUCUUGUACUUUUAGUUUUAAUGCUAGUAUUUGUAAAGAUUGUAACUUUCUAGCCAAAAUGGCUAUCCAAGGUGAUUUGUAA